CAACAUUAGGAUUGAUUUGAGUGUGAAUUGAAAUCUGAAGACAAUUACAAUCACCACAAAUGGAUUCAAAUGAAGUGAACCAACUGAUCAGCAAGAACAUCUCGUGGACUAAACUACCAGAUCAUGUCAAACAGAGUAUUGGAAACAGCGAUGAAUACGAUAAAAAAGUCCUCGAGUUUAGUGUCAAGAAUCAGAUGAGAUAUCGCAAGAACUUAGCUCUUCUCACGCUUCUGAAUAAUGCUUCUUCACAACGCUAUAUCAGCUGUCGUGAAGUAUGCGGAAUGAGAAUAACUCCCUUUCAAUACUACAAUCAAAUGAUCAGUGAUUUGUUGGAAACGGAGAGAAAUUACGACACUUUACCCAACUUUACGGCCGCAGACUGUCUAAGACUUCUUGGAAUCGGUCGAAACCAAUACAUAGAUCUCAUGAAUCAGUUCAGGUCUUCGAAGAAGUUUUUAGGAAUGAUUCGCAAACCCAUCAAAGACUUGUUGCCCAACAAACCCGUCGCUAAUAUAAUGAUUGACUUUUGGUGGACAAUAAAUCCCGGAUAUAUUACCGAAGAUGAUGUCAAACAUAUGGUGACUCCCAAUGAGAAGAUAAUCGUUGAUAAAAUUCUUAGUGAAGACCCGAUUCCUUGCCAACUGAAGACUGGAGAAGUGAACCAAAGCGAUGUGAGAAGUCUUUACCAAAAAGGACUCAUUUAUUUCGAUAUUCCUAUUGAAGACUCAGAUCUCAUACAUAUCCCUCCUUUGGAAGGGUUUGUCAUGAAUCGAGUGACCGGUGAUUACUUCGAGACUCUGUUGUAUAAGAUAUUUGUGUCCAUUGAUGAAAAGACAACAGUUUCUGAGUUAUCGAGUGUUUUGCAAAUUGAGUCCUCACUUGUGAAGAAUGCUAUUUCCAUGUACUGUCGCUUAGGCUUUGCUUUUAAGAAGAACCACGACUUCACUCUCGAUGACUGUCAUUCCUCGUGGACCAACUCUGGACACCGACUCUCGUCGAGUGACACCAAUAGUCACACGAAUGAGAAACCUAUUGAUCGCAAACACAAUAAGCAAAACAUUUCCAAAUUUAUCAGUUCUUUGCCGAAUGAGGACGAAGUGAGCAGUGAAGGCAUCGAUGUGUUUGAAGGCGAGUCCGAUACCAACACUAAAGAUAAAUCUUCGGCUCAAAACCAUUCAAUAAAUUCCAAUCAUGUAAUGGCAACCAAUUCAAGUGAUAUUAAAAGGAUUGGUCUCUUAUAUGACUCAACUUUGGCCGCAUUCCUAAUGAUGGGUAAUCUGGCGCCGGGA